CGCUCCUUCAUUAUUUCUCAUGAAAUUGUUCGAUCCACUCGCCAUUUUACAAAUCCGGCAGAACAAGAUAAAAAGAGAGAAAAGGAAGGGGUCACGAUUUCACGCAUGCAACAACUGUUGGGUUCUUGAUACUUGGUUGAACAUAAGGUGCCAAUAAUUUAUCAGAAGAUGAAUCGGCCGUGUUCAUGCUCCAAUGCUCAAUAUAGGAAAAGACUCAUUCUCGGGCAGAGAAAUUGUCCAGAAGAGCGCCACGGUAAAAUAACGAGCCUACAACAAUCUUGAUAUAACCUCUCAAUGCUUGAAGAAAGUUAUCACUCACAAGUUGAUACCUUUACUAUGCUUCUGAAUUCGUGCGAUUCGUGUUCAGGUCCGUCCUAAUGAAGCGCAGUAGUAGUACUAAAGCGAGGGCACGCUGUGGGGCGAUUUUCAACCCUUCCCUUCGCCCGUCCAAGAUAAAUCCGUGCCCCUAAAAUUCCGUCAUCAAUCGUUACCAUCGUCGACGCCGUCGGACGGGGACGGGGGGGACAGACGGACACGGACACAGACGUAUGAUGUGAUGUGGAUGUGUGUGUGCGAUAGAGACUGGCGUGAGAGAGGAAGAGAAAGUGAAAGAGAAGGGAGCGUGAAGGAAGUGUGACGUUUGUUGUGACUGUGCUGUGAUUCUCAAUGAUGAUGACUGCUUUACACAUGACAAUGAUGCCCACCUCUGGCACAUUUUCACAGCCAAACUAACUCGAAGUAUUAGUGGAAUGUGGAUUUAAUAAUAAGAACUAAAAUUAAAAUAGUUCAUAAAUGUUGUCAUACAUAUGAGAAAUUGUUGGUGUAGAACGGCAGCAUGUUCGCAAGCAGAAGCAGAAUACGAAAUAAUCACAACAAGCACAUAGAGUACCUUCAGAAGUAUACCGUUCAGCAUUAGAGGUUGCUACAGUAUUAAUUCAUUUAUCGAACUCUAUUGCAAAUAUGGCAAGUCUUUUAAGAAAUAGGCUGAAAAGUGUGAAACUAAAGUCAUUCCAUAACCUAUCGUGCCGGGCUAUUACCAUUAGUUCCUUUAUGUGCAAUAACAAGCCUCAUGAAAUUAAAGAAACAGUGUCGUUACUGAACGGGAAAACGUUAACAUUCUCCACAGGAAAAUAUGCAAAAAUGGCCAAUGGAUCAGCCGUUGUUCAAUCUGAAGACACUGCUGUUAUGGUCACUGCUGUCUGCAAAGAUUCACAUGAUUUGCAAGAUUCUUUUCUUCCCCUGACUGUGGAGUUUAGAAUGAAAUCAGCAGCAGCUGGUCGUAUACCUACAAAUUACCUUCGUAGAGAACUUGGACAGUCUGAGCGAGAAAUUUUAACUGCAAGAUUGACUGACCGCUCAAUACGCCCACUGUUCCCUAAAAACUAUCUCUCUGAGGUUCAAAUUAUGUCUAAUUUGUUGUCUGCUGAUGGCAUCAAUGAUCCAGAGGUUUUAUGUAUUAAUGCAGCCUCAACAGCUCUGUCAUUGUCUGAUAUACCAUGGGAUGGACCAGUUGGUGCCGUGCGUGUCGGAUUAAUAGGUGAUGACAUUAUCAUUAAUCCAACUAGACACGAGCUCCAAAAAAGUGCCAUGAACUUGGUUGUGGCGGGAAUUAAAUCCUCAAAAGUUGUUAUGGUCGAAGGGAGUUUUAAUGAUCUCAAUUUGAACACAGUCUUACAUAGUAUUAAGGCUGGUAUGAAAGAAGUGAAAAAAAUUGUAGCUUCUAUUGAACAAUUAACUAUAAAAUGUGGUAAAACAAAGCAAGAAGUUAAGGAAAAAAUAUUUAGACAAGAGUUGCUUGAAUAUUUGCAAUUACAUUAUUUAACUGACCUCAAAAACAUAUUUUCUGAUUUCACUCUAAAUAAACAGCAACGAGACAAAGCUGUUUCAUCUCUAAGAGAUUCUAUAGUAAAGAACAUAAAAUCACAGAGUAUUGAAACCGUUGAGAACAACAUCAAUCAUGCAUUUAGUGCCUUUGUUAGGAAUGUCUUUCGUGACCUAAUAUUUGAAUCUAAUGUGAGGUGUGAUGGAAGAGGUUUAAAUGAUGUUCGAGAUAUAUCCUGCGAAGUUAACUUGUAUAAACCACUACAUGGUUCUUCAUUAUUUCAAAGAGGACAAACUCAGGUCUUAUGUACAGUUGCAUUAGACUCUCCUCAGUCAGCGGUGAAGACUGACUCCUACACAAUCCUUACUAGUGGUCUUAAGGAAAAGAGUUUUUUCCUCAACUAUGAAUUUCCUGGGUACGCCACAAAUGAAGUUAAACAAGGACGUGGAGUUAGUAGACGAGAAAUUGGACAUGGAGCUCUUGCUGAAAAAGGAUUGCGUCCAGUUGUACCUGCUGAUUAUCCAUUUUGCAUCAGACUUACAUCUGAAGUGUUGGAGUCAAACGGUUCCUCGUCCAUGGCAACCGUAUGUGGAGGAUCAAUGGCAUUAUUGGAUGCUGGUGUACCCAUCUCAGCAAUGGCAAGUGGGGUCGCAAUGGGCCUUGUUACUCGUUGCCAACCAGACGGCGAAAUUGAAGAUUAUAGAAUUCUUACAGAUAUACUGGGAAUAGAAGAUUACAUAGGGGACAUGGACUUCAAAAUUGCUGGAACGAAAACUGGAAUAACUGCAUUGCAAGCAGAUUUCAAGAUACCUGGAAUUUCAUUGGAUAUCUUACACAAGGUUUUAUCUGAGGGUCAUACAGCAAAGCGAAAAAUAAUCAACAUAAUGAGUGAAACCAUUUCUUCUCCCAGUGUCAAAGAAGAAAACAUGCCUAUCCUAGAGACGUUUGAAGUACCUGUGCAAAAGCGGAAUUUGUUACUUGGACCAGCAUGGAUCAAUAUUAAAAAGCUAUUUCUCCAGACUGGGGUUCAGAUUACACAUGUAGAAGAUACAACGUUUUCUGCGUUUGCACCAAAUGAUGCUGCAAUGCAGGAGGCUUAUGAAGUUGUGCAAAAGAUAUUGGAUAGUAAUCCUGAACCUCAAUUCGAAUUUGGAGCGAUUUACAGUGUUAAAAUUAUGGAAUUGAAAGAAUCUGGUGCUAUGGUUUCUCUACAUCCACAACUUAUGCCAGUUUUUAUUAACAACUCUCACUUAGAUGUUCGCAAGAUUGCUCAUCCUAGUGCAGUAGGGCUGACUGUUGGUCAGAAAAUAUCUGUCAAAUAUUUUGGCCGUGAUCCUGUCAGUGGACAAAUUCGUUUGUCUAGAAGAGCAUUACAAGAGUCAACAGGACGGGUGCAUGAUUUAGAAAGUUUGACUUCUCAUUCUACUCAGCUUAGAAAGGAAAGAAUAGUGGCUAACUCAGAAUGUGAGAAUAAAAAUGUUAAUUUAGAAAACGAAAAGUAGUAAUGUAAAUAAACUUUUGUCAUAAA